CCGGAUCCCUUUAUUCACCGCCGGAGCCGCCGUCUCCCAACCCCCGCGUGUUUUGCUGAUUAAAGAGACGGACCUUGGUCCUGCCACCACCACUACCACCGCCGGGUGGCUGCCCUGCCGCCCCGCUUCUUCCUGCCCGCACCAUGGAGUUCACCCAGAGGAAGAGAAGCAGGAAAUCCCAAAGCUUUAAACUGAUCAACGAAGAUUACCAUCAUGAGAUAUAUAAGAUCUCUGACUACAGCAAUGAUGUUAAUGGGGAGACCAAAGAAACACAACCAGUUUUCUUAGGAGAUGAAAGCCGGGAAAUUAAGAAACAAAUUACAGGGAUGAGAAGAUUACUGAAUGACAGCACUGGAAGAAUCUAUCAACGAGUUGGCAAAGAAGGAGAAAAACUGAAGGAGGAGCCCCAAGAUUUGGACUUAGCCUGGGCCCAGCACCUGAAUCCCACUGCAGAGUCCCCAGCGAACCUUCAUCCUCCCCAGAGCAGCACAUGGAAUGAAUUAUCACCCCAAGCCAGCCAUUUUUCAGGGCAGUAUGGAACUCGAUCCAAAACGUUCCAAAAUCAAACACGAACCGUGGCAUCCAAUGGAGAAAUCCCAAUGGUGAAUUCAUCAGCUGGACCAAACUGCUGUACGUGUAAUUGUCAGUCAACCCUACAGGCUAUUCUUCAAGAGCUCAAGACCAUGCGAAAAUUGAUGCAGAUUCAAGCAGUUGGGACUCAAAACAGACAGCAACCUCCUGUCCCUCUGAUCUGUGCACAAAAGUCAACAAUAUCAAGAAAGAGAAAUAAAAAGAGAAAACUGCCCCUCAAAACUGUUGAACCAGUUCCCAUGAAUAAGAAACCCAACUCCGCAGAGCAUGAAAAGAAGCUGUCAGCAAACUCAGAACGACCAAGUCUUCAAGAAGUUGAACCCCCCUUAAAACCAGAAACCCCUGUUUCAGGAUUUGGAAUUAUCCUUGAAUCAGCUUCAUCAGAUCCAGAAGUGCAACUUGCAGAAGGCUUUGAUGUCUUCAUGCCGAAAUCUCAGCUGGACUCUAUAUUAUCAAACUAUACUCGCUCAGGAAGUCUGCUCUUUAGGAAGCUGGUCUGUGCAUUUUUUGAUGACAAGACUUUGGCUAACUCUUUACCAAAUGGCAAAAGGAAAAGAGGGCUCAAUGACAACCGGAAAGGACUAGACCAAAAUAUUGUGGGUGCAAUAAAAGUCUUUACAGAAAAAUACUGCACUGCUAACCAUGUGGAUAAACUUCCUGGUCCUAGGGACUGGGUCCAGAUUCUUCAGGAUCAAAUUAAACUUGCAAGAAGACGAUUAAAAAGAGGCUCAGCAGAGGCAACUGACUGUGAUGAGAAGCCGGACAUUUCUCUACUACAAACAGGUAACCUCUUCGACACCACAACAGAUCAUCUGAUAGACACAAACCCAGAUUUUUCAGUUUGAAUUUCACAUCUUUCAUCAGUGUUCUUAGCGGGUAGGACCAUCCUCUCCUUUCAAUAACAUUCUCUGAAGACCGGCAUGAAAAUUUCAGCAUACCACAAGAUGUGGACAUCCGUAAUGUUUUCCCUUCAACUUCCUGUUGUUCCAUGCAUUUUCCAUAUAACUUCAAAUAAUGAAACCACCAGAUUGCUUCACUGUUCUUCAUCUUAAUUAAAAGAUGAUUUCCCUCUGUAUCCAAUGCAUUAUUUAAUUAGCUGGGUAUCCACUCAGAACACAUCCUCUUGCCUUUGGUUUUCAUCCAUGAUUGUAUUUUUCCAGGUGAUUGUAUGCUUGCCAGCAGUGUUUCAUUGCAAGACAUGCAGAGGUGAAUACACACAGCUGGGUGACUCUUCCUGUCCCUGGGGAUUUGGGUGGCAUCUCUGUCCAUCAUGCAACCCAGGGGCUUGAUGAGCAUUUGACUCAGUAAAGCUCUUUGCUUCUGCAGAACCACUUUUCUUUUCUGGCUACUGUGGAACCAAUGACCAAUUGUAUGCAGCUGUGAUUAAAAAGACCGUGCUGGAUUUAGCAGGAAAUAAAGCAGGAUUCCUCCCAGCAGUGCCCUUAUAGCAAGGAGAGGCAAUUCCUCAAACAAUUUCCCCUACAUGGUCCUAAUGGGGAUGGCUUUUGAGAAUCUUGGUAGUGCAGAUUGCUGGAGGUGGUCAUUCUCCCCUCACUUUUCCCCUCCAGCUUGCCCUUACCACCUCAAUCUCAAAACGUAUUAGUUUGCUGAUUUCCAGGAAGAGGGUCUGCACAUUGUGAUUUUUCAACUGCUGCCCUUGGCGACAAUAUUCACCUAUUUUAAAAUAAAAAAGUCACCUUUUGACUGGCACUCUAUUGGUAUCUCAGCAGUUAAGAUGACUGAAUCGAUCAAGAAAUUGCACUACCCUCUUAGACACUGAAAGGGUCGGUCCUUUCAGGUCAGGGCUAAAGUAGAAUUGUACACGGCUCUCCAUGCAAACCUUCACUUCUGCACCUUUCAUCAGCACUAAAUUCACUUUAAAAAUGUUGGGGAAAAGUCUAGAAGGUCUUACAUGCAACAUCUAUCCAUCACCAGGUAGUUUCCUGCAAUUCGAGGGAGAGCUUGCUAGAGCAUUUACUAUUGUGUUUACUUUCCCUGUGUAUAUUGUAGGUACAU